ACAUGAAAAUGGGGUGGUGGAUCACAAGGAGUGUGUAUUCAAUUGACAGGUGCCCGUGACUCCAUGGCGAGGUUUUCUUGCAUGGAACAUAACGGUAAACUUAGAUUUAGAAAUUGUAAACGCUGUAUACAAAUCCAAAGGUCGAAAAUGGAUUAUUAACAAAGUGAUAUACAAACGUACGGAGUUAGUUCCAGUCACGUGGUCAUAAUCUAGGCUGCAUUUGUUAUCUACUGAAUGUCCAGGUCUAGAUGACCCAUCAUAUACCUGUUUGAAGAUGAGAAAUCCAGAAAAAGAAAACAAUGAAAGUUGUGAUGCUACAAUCAGCGGAGCUAAAGGAGAGAGGGCCAGUAUGUUGGAGAAAGAGAUUGUCCACAUGAAGAAGUCUUCCGAGGGUGAUUCAGAUGAAGUAGUGGAAACCAGGGGUAACCCAAAAGUUGUGAAUACCGAUCCCGACUCUAAAGAAGACGAAGAGAAGCUGUGGUCCCGACUGAAGAACGACAAGCUAUUCAGAAAGAAAUACAUACUGACGAUCGCAUAUAUAGGGUCUUUCCUUACGCUGGGUUGGGUGGAGGGACAGAUUGGACCCACAUUUCCAGAACUCCGAUUCAUCGUCCACACAACACUAGAGAAAGGUUCACUGUUCUUCACCAUGACCACCGUGGGUUAUCUUCUGGGUGCUAUUCUCACGGGGUACCUGUUUGAUAAGCGGGUACUAGAAAGAAACCUACUGAUGUUUAUAUGUAUAGCCGGGUAUGGUGUUAUCAUUGCCAUCAUACCAUGGUGUAGCCUCUAUGAGAUAAUGGUCGUUAUUCACCUUGUGAAGGGGUUGUUUGGUGGAGGACUUGACACCUGUGGGAACGCCGGACUAGUGGUGAUAUGGGGUAGAGAGGGCGACACCUACUUCAACGCCUUACACUUCACAUUUGCUCUUGGUGCGAUCCUAUCCCCCUUAGCAACUGCUCCGUAUCUGAUGUCACAUGACGAGAGCGUGUUGGAUACCAUACACAACGAAACCCACCAAGUCUUAAAUUUCACCACUUAUGCUGAUUAUAUAGACGUUAACGACAGAAGUAUCCUAAAUUUCACUCAAUCGUCUCUAGGGAAACAAGAAUCGAUAAUUUACAUUCCAUACACCAUGACAACGGCACUCUGUAUUCUUACGUCACUUCCGUUUCUCAUAUUUUUCUGUACGUCACUGCAGAAAGCGAUAGAAACUCGAAAAACGAAUGAAGUCGAAGAUAAAAAGAAACCCCAGAAACAGUUAAGAAUCGCAGGGUUCAUCGUUAUGGCAAUUUAUUUAGGCGUGUACAUUGCCGUUGUGAGAACGUUUGCCGGUUUCUUAACAACGUUUGUAAUGUCAGAUUUACAUUGGACAAAUUUUCAAGGGAGCUACAUCACUUCAGGUCAUUAUGGUUCAUUUGCCUUUGGACGAUUUUUAGGAAUUUUCUUUGUGCGAUUUUUCAGCCCAGGAAAAAUCUUGUUUACGUCGAAUUCCAUGAUGCUGCUGUCUCUGCUUGGCUUUUUGAUUUCGUCCCUUUUUGAUUCCAACACUUAUGUAUGGGUAUUUGCCGUGGCAGCUGGUAUCUCGGUGUCACCAAUAUUCCCCGUUGCUUUUAUGUGGACGGAACAGACGUUUUUACGAGUGACGGGGAAGGUGGCAUCCAUUUUUCUCAUGUCUGCGUCUCUGGGAUUUCUCGUGAACCCUCCACUUGCAGGCAUUUUAAUGGACACAUUUACUUCAAUGUGGUUUUCUUACCUUUUGUUUGGAGAGACAAUAUUGUUAUUACUACUUUAUUUUGCGGCUUUGUAUAUAUCUAGACGGAUUGCAGGAGGGGAAUCGCGAAGGCCAGACGCAGAAUUGACUGUUUUGAAUGGAUAAAAUACGGGGUGAUUGUUGUCAGACAUACAUCUGUAUCAAUGGUUUUCGUGUACAUGAUUUUAAAGACUCAGAUUCUAAAGAAAUCUAAAAUAAACAAGAUUCAUGGAAAUUAUUCUGAUGAAUAA